AUGAAUAAAGAGGAAGAUAAAAAAUUAAUAUUUGGAAAGAAAAGUUUUUCAAUAGGAAGAUCUCAAAUAAAAGAAAGAUACAAGAGUCAAAUUAAAGAAAAUACAGACAAGAAUUCAUUAAUUGGAAGAAGUAAAAGUGUGACAUUUUUAAAUUCUAAACAUAUUUCAAAAGAAGUUGAUAAUAACAUAAAAGAGCCUAAAAUAUAUAAAGCACGCUCUGCAAUUAAAAGUUUAAAUUCUCUUAUAGUUGCUGUCGAAAGAAGUAGACUUAAAAAUUUUGAAAAAGACUUUAUUAACAAACAUCAAAGUAGUUUUGAUAGUAAUAGUGAUUCUGAAGAAGAAGAUAAAUAUCAAAUAAACAGUGAAAUAUUGAGAAAAUUGCGUGUAUUUGAUUCCAUUUGGUUAAAUACAACAAAUAAAAAUAAUCCUGAAACAUUUAUUAAUUUAAAACAAUUUAAAAAAUUUCAAAGACCAGACUAUGAUAAAACAGUCAUCGAAACAAUUACAUGUAAAAAUAAACCAGGAAACAUUGACAGAUCAAAAUAUGUUAGAAAAGAUAAUUAA